UGUGUGUGUGUGUGUGUGUGUGUGUGUGUGUGUGUGAGAGAGGAGAGUAGAGCAGGUUCUCGUACCCUUGGUGCGAGAAGCCACAGUGGGCGCCCACUGUUCCCGCACAAGGUUGCAACAUUGUGGCAAAAUUUGAGAACCCAACACUAUCUACACCCAUAUUCCCACACAUUUCACCCUCUGACUUGCGGGAACCAAGUUUGGGGACCUGACACUAUAAAAAGGCUCUGUCAGCGUGGUUCCAUAUCACGACUGAUCAAGAUGGCAAAGCGAUUCUCUGUUCAGACUGCCUUGCAGAUGUUUUUGAAGAGACAGAGGGAUUUGAUAGUGAUGCAGAGGAAAUAGUGUCAGAAAGUGAGGACAACAUUUCCGAAAAUGCCGAGUCGGACACUGAGCUUGAAGAGGAGGAUCAGAAUCAGCCAGCUCCCAAACGUAGAAGAGCCUCAGGACUAGCCCUUCAGCAGCCAGGACAAGCCUGCGAGCAGCCAGCCCCAGGACCAUCCCAUGAGCAGGCAGGACCAGGCAGCAAGCAGCCAGCCCCAGGACCAACCCGUGAGCAGCCAGCCGUAGGACCAGCCCGUCAGCCUACUCCGAAACUCAAGAGAACCCCAGGACCAGCCCGCAAGCAGCUAGCCCCAGGACCAGCCCGCCAGCAGCCAGCCCCAGGGCCAGCCGAUGCGCAGCAAGCCGCAGGACCAGCCGGUGAGCAGCCAGCCAUAGAACCAGCCAUUGAGCAGCCAGACAUUGGACUAGACUGUCAGCAGCUUGCAAAUGACAACAUAUGGAUGUCAAAAAAUGGCAGAAUUGAAUGGUCUACCUGCUCAAGAAAUGAACCCCCCCGCAUGGCUGCCAAUGUGAUUCGGAUGCUACCAGGACCUACACGCUUGGCAGUCACUCAUGCACAAGACAUCAAGUCUUCUUUUGACCUUUUCAUGCCAUCCCCGAUCAAAAAAAUCAUCCUCGAUUGCACCAAUUUAGAAGGGAGCAAAGUUUUUGGAGAGAGGUGGAAGGUUAUGGACGAAACCGGUUUGGAUGCUUACUUUGGGGUUCUCAUCCUUGCUGGUGUUUUCAGGUCCAAUGGGGAGGCCACUGAAUCCCUGUGGGAUGAAGAAACUGGCAGAGAACUUUUCCGGUCGACGAUGUCUCUGGAAACGUUCAAAAUAAUUUCCAGGACCAUCCGUUUUGAUGACCGUGAUGAUAGACCAGCUCGACGGCAAAGAGACAAGCUAGCUGCCAUCAGGAUGGUGUGGGACAAGUGGGUGGCCCGUCUCCCCCUGUUUUACAAUCCUGGGCCAAAUGUCACAGUUGAUGAGCAGCUGAUGCCAUUUCGGGGCCGCUGCCCAUUUCGGCAGUAUAUACCAUCUAAGCCUGCCAAGUAUGGAAUUAAGAUUUGGGCUGCCUGUGAUGCUGCGUCAUCUUAUGCAUGGAACUUGCAGGUCUACACAGGGAAACGCCAUGGAGGAGCCCCAGAGAAAAAUCAAGGCAUGAGAGUGGUCCUCGAUUUGGCUCAAGGACUUUCUGGACACAAUAUCACGUGCGACAAUUUCUUCACAUCACACGAGCUGGGACAGGAGCUGCUAAAGCGGAAGCUGACUAUGUUGGGAACAGUGCGCAAAAACAGGACUGAGCUCCCUCCCCAGCUGCUGAAAAAAGAGGACAGGCCUGUCCAGUCAUCGAAGUUUGCAUACACGGCUGACACAACCCUGGCAUCGUAUGUUCCAAAGAAAGGAAAAAAUGUGGUGCUCAUGAGUACACUGCACAGGGACGGGAGAAUCUGUGGCCAGGAGCAUCAAAAGCCCGAAAUGAUCAUGGACUAUAAUGCCACAAAAGGAGGGGUGGACAACCUCGAUAAGCUGGUGACAGCUUACAGCUGCAAAAGGAAGACCCUACGAUGGCCUCUGGUGAUAUUUUUUGAUAUGUUGGAUAUCUCCGCAUACAACGCCUUCGUCAUUUGGAGAGCCCAAAGCCCAGAGUGGAAUAGGGGAAAGCUGCAGAAGAGGCGUCUCUUUCUCGAGGAAUUGGGGAAAACGUUGGUGAGACCUCACAUUGCAAGGAGACAAAAUCUUCCAAGAACUCCAGUCUCUGCAGCCAUUGUGAGGAGGAUUCAGGAGGAACAUGAUGGUGCCACAUCCUGCCAAAUUACAGAACCACCAUCUGCAGAGCCUGAGAUUGUGGCCGGCAGCACCAAAAAGAAACGCUGUGAAGCGUGUGGACCCAUGAUGGACAGAAAAACCCAAUAUACAUGCAAGCAGUGCAAAAAAUACAUAUGCAAUGCACAUACAGUGAGACUCUGCCCCUCAUGUGUGGUAUAGUCUGAUAUAAGUAUAAUUGCCAUGUUCAAAUGCCUUAAUUUGUUGUUCAGACAGAUGUUAUUGAGUAUGUUUAUGUUUAUGUUUCCCAGUUAUGCCUGUU